AUGCGGGUUACAUUGCUUUACCACAGCGACGUGAGUAUGUCGCUCUUCGACUAUGUCUGGAAGCCAAAGACAGUGGAAGACAGCAUCGAUGCUGGUGUUCAUCCAGCGGUUGCCAAGCUUCGAAUGCAAGAGGCCGGCAAGCAACGGACAGUAAACGAGUCCCUGCUGCAAGACCCGCAGUUCUUCAAGCAGUCCAAGAAGUUGGGAGUGCACCCGCUGGACUUCAUGGAAAAGAAAGUCAUGGAACCGUCCAUUCCUGGGGCCGGAAGCAGCAAGGACAAAAAGAAGGACAAGAAGAAGGAGAAGAGCAAAGACAAAAAGAAGAAGAAGGACAAGAAAAAGAAGAAGAAAAAGAAGAAGAAGUCCUCCUCCUCAUCUUCAUCCUCAGGUUCCUCUUCCGGAUCCUCGAACAAAAAGAGAAAGGCCGAGGAGGAGCUCCAGCAAUACCAGAUGCGAAUAGCAGAGGCCAGGCAGAAGCAGGUGGCUCUGGCAGAGUUGGAGCAGAUGAAGGCCCAGAGGAAGGCAGAAAAGGAGGCCGCCGCCAGGGCCUCGCAGCAACGCAUGGUGCCCAUGAGGCCUGAGGAAGGCCACGCCAUGGCCAGGCAACUGGAAAGACAGUACUUCUCGCAGUUCAAGGUGCUUGGCGGCAAGCAAAUGCCAGUAGUGGCGGACGACAUCGUUUUCUGGCACGUUCCUGGAUCCAAGGGGAAGCCAUACAACCCGAAAGGAUUGGAGGGCAACGUGGUGUCGGUUAUUGAGGAUGUGCACUUGACAGCAAAUCGGCCAAUCCGGGUCAAGCUUUCCAAGGCGCCCGACAUGAAGGAAGGUUUUAAGGCUUUUGCAGCACAUUUCUCGCUCGACGAGAUUACUGUGCUGGAGGAAGCAGCACAGAGCCAGGUAAACGCGCUGAACGAUUCACCUACAACCGCCAUGAUGCCCACCCUAGUUGCAUCUACAGGGGAAUCUUCGAUGAGUUUCUAUGGCAAAGGCAAAGGUGGUGAUGGAUCGUGGAAAGGUGGCCCUGACUGGGCUUGGAAGGGUGCUGCUUCCUGGAAGGGCGGCUGGAAAGGUGCCUGGAAGGGCGACUGGAAAGGCGACUGGAAGGGCGACUGGAAAGGUAACUGGAAGGGCGACUGGAAGGGCGACUGGAAGGGCCCUGCUCCUUCAACUGAGCGCUGCUCCAUUCAUGGCAUUCAGCGCGACCUCCUCUUCCUAGAGGACGAUGGCGAAGGCGGCAAGCGUUGCCUCACAGACUCUCCAUGUCCCACUGGGACAACAGCUCCACUGUCGCUGUCGGAGCGUGUCGCUGCGGCAGCAAAAGCAGCUGCGAUCAAGGAGCAGGAGGAGGCUGACAACUGGGCCGAAAACCAGAACGCCGGAGCAUUUGGAGGUGGCAAAGGCAAAGACGGAAAGGGCCAAGGAGGCUAUGACUACGUGGUGCCAAGGCCUCCUCCGCCGGUGACUCCUACGGAUGCCCUCCGCGAGAAGCUCUGGUCAGGAGGCUGCGGGUCGAGCAGUGGCCUGGGGUUAAAGACGUUGUCGAAGCCUCCAGCACAGGAUCCACAGAUCAUGGACUUUCCGCCCCCUCCCGCACCUGUCUGGCCAACUGGGCAACCUCCGCCUCCAGCUCCGACGGCUUACGCUGCGCCACCAGCCUCUGCAUACACGGCUCCGCCGCCGAACUGGUAUAGUGGCUGGAACCCGGCAGCUGCGGCCUGGGGUUGGCCUGGCUACGGCAUGCCACCUGCUCCCGGGGCGAAGUCCUCGAGUUCCUCUUCCUCCAGCUCUUCAUCCUCGGACUCCGAGGACGAAGGUGCAAACAAAGAUAAAGAGGUCAAGAAAGAUGAAAGGAAGGUGGGCAGAGUAGCGGCGAAGAGCAAGGCAGAAACCCGAAAAGCUGCUGCCGAAGCGGUUGCUGCCAAGCUUGAAGAGGCUGACAAGGUCGCAAAGGCCGCAAGCGGGCAGGUCAAUGGCGACCAGGUGGCAGCAGCCGACGACGCCAACGGCCCUUCAAAGAAUGCAGAAAAGAAAUCGAAGAAGGAGAAGACCAAGACGAAAAGCAAAGGGACUGCCGAAGAGAAAGCUGGAAAAAAGGAUAAAGACAAGGGAAAAGAUGGAAAAGACGAAGACAGGAGCAGGUCAAGAAAAAAGGGCGACUCCCAGCGUGACAAGAGCAAGUCACGAAAGGAAGGAGCUUCCCAGGAAGCUGGGGCAGAGGACGCUGCAGCCAGCAAGGAUGGCAAGCAGAAGUCGCGCAGACGCAAACGAGGGGAGUCGUCGGCGGCCAGCCAGAGCUAUUCUUCUGAGACGGUGAAUGAUGCCCAAGAGGACACUGCACAGACUCCACAGAGUGAGGUACAGCCCCUGACACUGCAGCAUCUCAAGGAUGACCGCUGGGUGAUCAACUUGCUCUAUGAUGGUGACUGCCCAUCCUGCAUGAAGCAGGUGGAAUUCUUGCAGAAGCGCAUGGACGAGAACCCCGAGUACGAAGGCCUCGUCGCACUGACGAACCUGCAUGCCCCAGAUUACGAUCCUGAGCUUUGUGGCGGAGUCGUUUUCGAGGAUGGCAUGCGACAUAUUCAUGCCGUGACACGGGACGGAGAGGUGAUCGCGGGUAUGGAUGUCUUCCGCAGAAUCUACAGCAUAGUCGGCAUGCAGUGGCCGGCUCACUGCGGAGCGUUGGAGAGGGCCAUCAUGGCCGAAGACAACAGCGAUGAUCUCUCCCUCAUGCAGGAUUUGACGUCCAUACCCCUCAGAAACCCGGUGGUGGAUGAUGAGGAUGAUGAUGCACCGUCGCGAGUAAGGCUGAGCGCUGCAGAGCGAAACAGCUCUGGCGGAAGCAGAUCGAUGAAGCCUCCGACGCUUGACAGGAAAGAACCAGCUAGAAAGCCACUCUCCAGACCAGCUUUUCAGAAUCAUGACUACAACGACGACUAUCCGCCAGAUGAGCCCUUCAGGUGGUCUGAUGCAUGGGGGCUUAUUUGUGGCUUGAUCCUGCUUGUUUUCAUCGUUUGUGUCCUAUCCUGGGCCUACUUGGAGGAUCUUCGCGAGGCUCGCGAGCUCGAGGAGGCGCGGGCAAGAGGCGUGGAGCUCUGA